AUGACGUCGGACCAGUUCAACAACGCAGCAACAGAGGCCAUUCAAGACAUCACAAACUACUACGACAACAUAGCCGACCGUCCUGUCCUGCCUUCAGUCGAGCCUGGUUAUCUUGCAAAGCUACUGCCCCCAUCGCCACCAACCCAAGCCGAGACCUGGGACAAGAUCCGCGCAGACAUGGAAUCCAAGAUCAUGCCCGGCAUGACACACUGGCAGAGCCCUGACUUUAUGGCUUUCUUCCCCGCCAGCAGUUCAUACCCAGGCAUGAUGGGAGAGUUAUGGUCUGCUGCAUUGACUGUGCCUGCCUUCAAUUGGCUCUGCUCGCCUGCUGUCACCGAACUCGAGACGAUUGUUAUGGAUUGGGUUGCUCAGAUGCUCGCUCUGCCUGACUGCUUCCUCUCAAAAGGCAAGGGAGGCGGUGUCAUCCAGGGUUCUGCCUCUGAAGCCAUCGUUACCUGCAUGGUUGCAGCACGCGAACGCUAUGUCACAAGGACACUAGAAAAAGAGGGCGUUGUCCUCACUGAAGAACAAAAGGAGGACCGCUCGGCAGAGAUUAGGAGUAAACUUGUUGCCUUGGCUACAAAACACACUCACAGUUCUACCCAUAAGGGUGCGAAUAUUGCAGGCACGAGAUUCCGAAGCAUCGACACUUCAUUGUCCAACGCCUUUGCCCUCCAAGGCCAUGAACUCCGCUCGACUAUUGAAAAACUCAAGUCACAAGGUCUAGAGCCAUACUUCUUGACUGUGUCACUGGGAACCACAAACACCUGCGCAGUUGACGACUUUGCUUCUAUUGCAGAAGUCAAGAAAGAUUACCCGGACAUCUGGAUCCACGUUGAUGCCGCCUACGCCGGAGUCGCUUUGGUAUUGCCCGAAUAUCAACACUACUGCAAGCACUUUUCCACCUUUGAUUCCUUCGAUACAAACAUGCACAAAUGGCUCCUCACAAACUUCGACGCCUCUUGUUUAUUCGUCCAAAACCGUCGCGACUUGACUGAUGCACUCUCGAUUACCCCCGCCUAUCUACGCAACAACUUCUCAGACCAAGGUUUGGUCACCGACUACCGCGACUGGCAAAUCCCUCUAGGACGCCGUUUCCGCGCUUUGAAAGUGUGGUUUGUAAUCAGAACCUGGGGAGUUGAGGGCUUGCAAGCACACAUCAAACACCAUCUCAAAUUAUCAGAUCUCUUCGUCUCUUUGAUCAAGAGCAGAAAAGAUCUCUUCAGCAUCAUCACACCACCAUCCUUUGCUCUGGCUGUAAUCACCCACACUGUUCCCUACCAAGACUCUCACGUUGCGGUGAUACCCCAACAACCCAAUUCCUCAGAUUUGGAACUGGCAAAUGCAAAUACCAAAAAAGUAUAUGAGAAGGUGGAUGCAAGCAAAAAAGUGUUUUUGACGAGUUCGUUGGUCGGGGAUGCGUAUGCUAUUCGUGUGGUUAGUGCAAAUCCAUUGGCAAGCGAAGAAGGUAUUAGAAAGGUGUUUGGGCUUUUGGUAGAGGCUGCUGAGGAAGUGCUUGAGGUUGGGAAGUAG